ACUCUGAAAUGUCUCGAGUAUUGCACUGAAUAUUGUACUGACAUUGAGUUUAAAUUAAAAAAAUAAAUAAAUAAAAAGACCAACGAUCAUGACAAAUUGUCGUGAAAUGUCGCCACCCUGCGGUCACUGAACACAUCGAUUGUACCGAGUUUGAUUGAGUUAGCCUGAGUGUUGCUGCACACACGCAGACAUGGCAGGUCUAGCAUCCCCGUUAAGAGUCUGUAGGGGGAUAUUAAAAGAACUACGGGCCAUGCAGGGUCCAAGCUACAAAAGAUCACUGGCGUACAGCUACAUUAUGGAUCAAUUUCGCAAAAAUAAGGUGACGGGGGAAAGGUAUUGCCGUGCCCAGCAGGAGGCCCUCCACGCCUCACACACAUAUCUAUGUUUGCUGGCGUCCAGCAGGAACCACCAGGCUUUGCACAACCUUUAUCACGGCAAAGGAGAGCGCAGCCCGGAGGAAGUAGCUGGCCUGGUGGGGCUCAGGCUCCCCACACAGCCAGGAGGAAAAGGCUGGGAGAAGUGAGGACAAACGGAGAUCCUACAAUGGAGGAAAAAAAGACUUUUAAAGUCAUCAGACAUUUGUGCUACAUUUGACGGAACUGACACACUUGGACAAAUGUGCUUUACAUUCAAACAGAGAUGUUGAACAGGGGUCUGUGAAGAUAUUUUUGUUAUUAUGGACAAAAGUAACAAGAGUUGUAUAUGCUUUAUUAUUGUUGAAAGUGAAUAAAUAAACUUCUGUGAUAAUGUGAUUAUU